CUCUUCCUCCUUUCCUCCUCUUCCCCCUCCUCUUCCUCCUCCCCCUCCUUCCCCUUUUCAUCCAACUGGGAUCCAGCCCCUGCCCUUCAACGUCUCCUUGCAACCGAGGCCGCCCACCCUUCCUUCUCAUGUCUCUUCCCGUGGUACUCCCAGGCUCCUGCUGCCCGGUGGCGGGACUUUCCUCCGGGACGCAGGCUGGGGGUCCCAGCAAUUCGGCCACUAUGGCCACCGCAGCCCAAGAGCCGCCGCUAGCCCCGCUCCGGCCGCGCUUGUCGCGGGCAGGGCUGCAGCCCCCGGCGCGGCCUCGCUGUGCAGUUGCUUCGGCCCCCUCGGUGCUCUCGCCGUUACAGCCCCCGCUGUCCUCCCGCCAGGCUGCCUCCGCCGCCGCCGGGGUCUCGGGCUCCGGACUGCUGCCCGCCCGCCCGUUGCUGUCCCUGGGGCUCCUGCAGCUCAUCUUAGGCUGCUGCAUGGUGGCACUCAGCUUUGGAGCGCUAUCUCUGAGUAGUUCCCCGCAGGUGAAGAACUCGUGCCCGUUUUGGGCAGGCUCUUCGGUGAUCCUUUCUGGAAUCAUAGGACUAACAACGUGGAAAAGACCAAUGAUACUUUUGGUGAACCUCUUUGUCUUACUAUCUGUGAUCUGUGUCCUGUUGAACCUUGCUGGAUUUAUCCUAGGCUGUCAGGGGGCCCAGUUUGUUUCCAGUGUACCCAGAUGUGAUCUGGUGGAUCUAGGAGAAGGAAAGAUUUGCUUCUGCUGUGAAGAAUUCCAUCCUAUCAAAUGUACAGACAAAGAAAAUGUGUUGAAACUCUUCCCAGUCCAGCCAUGUAGUGCUGUUCACCUUCUAUUAAAGAAAGUCCUCUUUGCACUGUGUGCCCUGAAUGCCCUGACUACUACAGUGUGCUUGGUGGCAGCUGCUCUGCGUUAUCUACAAAUAUUUGCCACCCGAAGACCCUGCAUAGACGAAUCUCAGAUUUCCACAGAAGAAAUAGAAGGACAUGGACGCAUUGCAGACCUGGAAGAUUUCAUACCACCUGUGCCACCUCCCUCAUAUUUUGCUACAUUUUAUUCCUGCACACCUCGUAUGAAUCGCAGGAUGGUAGGCGUUGAUGUUAUUCCACUUCCACACAUCUAUGGAGCGCGGAUUAAAGGUGUAGAAAUUUUCUGUCCUCUGGACCCACCCCCUCCUUAUGAAGCGGUAGUAAACCAAAUCAAUCAGGAACAGGGGACUUCAUUCCAAAGUCCAGAGGUGUCCGAAGUUGUGACAGGCUCAUUGGACCCAGGCAGUGCACAGGUGUCUCAAGAUGGAGACAUUCCUAAUACACCUGGGGAAGAGAGCCUAGCUCUGUCAACCCCUGAUUCAAACCUAGCACAUCUUCCAUCCAACAUGAAAGCUUUGCAGCCCUUGAGAGCAAGAUCAAAAAGCGACCCAGUACUCCACCAUUUGACAGCCAGAGGACCUGUACUUAGUUGUGAAGCUGCAACUCAGACUGAAGUGAGACCUGAACUGGCUCCAGUGAAUUUAAGAAAGGGCCUUCGAACAAGAGCUGUUCGAGCUCGACCUCACUCCUUGAUAGACUAUAAAUCUUAUACAGACACUAAGCUGCUGGUGGCAAAGUUCCUGGAGCAGUCAUCUUGUACUAUGACCCCAGACAUACAUGAACUGGUGGAGAACAUCAAGUCUGUCCUGAAGUCUGAUGAAGAACACAUGGAGGAAGCCAUCACAAGUGCCAGUUUCCUUGAACAGAUAAUGACUCCUGCUCAGCCAAGUACAUUGAGGAUAUUGCCCUGUAGAAGAUACCCUGGGCUCCUUCAUCUGGAGAGUUGUGGAGAUCUGAGCACUUUCGUUUCAGCAGAAAGUCAGAAAGUAAAGAGAAGGGUUCCAAGAACAGACCCAGAAAGGCCACACAGCCUUAUUGGAGUUGUAAGAGAAACUGUGCUCUGAAUUAGCCCCAUGGGUCCCUUGUAGUUAGAGCUCCUUUGAGAAGCCAGUGAACUGGGAAUGAAAAAUCAAGACUGGAAAGCCUUAUCUCAUGUAGCAUAUGUCUCUGUGUAUGCUGUUUUAUAGUUUAAGGUUGAUCUAGGAGAGAGGUUUUUGUUCUUUGUCUUUGCCUAAGCAAUUUGGGAUCUACACUACAGGGAAUGUUUAUUUCUCAACUAUUGAUUUCAUCACCAAGGACAUUCAGGGGAUGAGUAUAUAAUUUCAGAUCUAUUGACUCAUCAUUAUAAUUUGUGAGCUCAGUUCAUCUCCUCUUCUCUGGGCAUUCCAUAUUAUAUUUGAAUGUUCCAGACCUUGGUGAGGAUGAGAUGUGAGAGUGGUGAUGCCUCAGCCGCCCCUAUGUCUGUCCUGCAGAAGGACAUAAUCUGUUCGAAGGCUAUUUAUAGCUGCCAGUAGCCUCUUGCCAUUCAGUGCGAAUGUGAGUUGGCAUAUAAGCAGGAUGAUCAAAUAGUUCUGACAUUAUUGAAAUGUUAACGCCUAUGUUUAGGGCAACUCUCAAAGCAUCUUAUUUAAAGCAAACAGGAAGAACUUGUGACAAGUUUUUAGCAAAGUAUUUUGGAGGAGCAAUCACUGGUUCCAUUUCUUCAUGCUUGCAAGACUAGAGACAGUAACUCUAGAAUCAAGAAUAAAAUCAUUCACUUUCUACAUUUAGUAUAGGUCUGUUGGAUCUGUUUGUUGUCCAUUGAAUUGGACUAAUGCUCUGGGAAUACAAAACUGAUACAUGAAUAAGGUCUUAAAAAGUUAUAAAAAGUCAAAGUCUUUCUGGAGUUGACUUUCUCCCGUUCCUGAAUAUAAUGGAAUAACAUAGGAUAUAGAUAGGGACUAGAGAAUGAAGUAGUUAAUGGAAAACUGACUUUGGAGCCAGGAAGAUCUGCAUUUAAAUCCCACCUCUCAUAACUACUGACUGUGUGAUCCUACGCAAGACAUUUAACCUCUUCCUUCUCAAGGACACUGUCUUAGAUUAUAAAUUACAGAGGAAGAUAUUGACUGCACUGAUAGAAGUUAACUCACCAUGAAGGUUUCUCUGCCAAUGAACUCAAAGAAUGAUGUAGAUAUUGUAAAAUAUCAGAGCUAGAAGGGACCAGGUCUGGGGGAGGGGGAGAGAAGGGAAAAGGGGUGUGAUAGAGAAAAUAAGAGAGAGAGAGAGAGAGAGAGAGACAGACUCCUUGGGCAGAUUGAUGAAAACUAUGGAUGCCUUCUCAGAAUAAUAUAUUUAAAUGCAUAAAAUAUGCUACAAAGAAGAUGCAUUACAAUAAGAUGCACAAAGGAAAACAGUUAUAUUGAGAAAGUUAUCAAAACAAAAUAGGGCUAGUAAUCAUUGAUCAGACCAACUCAAACUUAAAGAUUCAAUCAAGAGAGAAUAAUCUACAUUAUGUCAGCCAUAUUAAUAUUGUUUUAGA